ACGGUACCCUUUGCAGACAGCAUUCUAUUCUUGACACACCCCCCGUUCCGAAAAUAGAGACGAUUGUUUGCGGUGUUGUUACAGUGUGUGCUGUAAGGAACGCAUCUUCGUCAGCCAAGGAAAGUCGUCGGAAUCGCGCUCCGGUUGCCCUCACAACUCGACACUCCCAAGAGGUGCCCCCAGUCGGUCUCUGUGCGAGCACGACCCCCCGAGUGUAUUUACGAACCAUGGCAUCCGAGAAGAUCGUGGAAGCCUCCCGUUGGGCCAUUGCCGUCAAAACGGUGGGUGGUGAAGGAACUACCAAGGACAGUUUUGUCGUGCAAGUUUCUCCGGAGGAUAGUUUGACUCGAUUGCAGGACGAGAUCGAAAACGCUACGGGUUUGGCGCCGCAUCAGCAAAAGCUCAUCUACCGAGGAAGACUCAUUCACAGCCAUACAGUAUCGGGAUCCAGUGAAGGAAUGGAUAGUCGCUGCGAUGCAAAAGAUCAGGAAGACGAUUUGAAAAUCAAAGACAUU